UUGCGGUAAAGUGGAGGCCCCAAUGUCUUGAGGCUGAAAUAGUAUUUAACCUUCUUCGCUGAGGAAUGGGUUGUGUGCUGCUAAGGCAUAAGUACCAGUGUUCAAUGAAUCAAAUAGUAUUUCAGUUUUCAUCUCAUAUUUUCUUUGUUCAGAUUGGUAGUGGCGAGAUUCCUGAUGAAACCACCCUUGUAUGUUCUAGAGGAUCAGACAGUGCCCUGGAGUUGCUAUCAACCUGCAAGCUAGCGAAUCUAACAGUAAAAGCCGAGCUUGGCUGCUGCUUGCUUCACAGGAGUGGAAGGCUAACGAUUGAUGGAUGUGUGCUUCAAUGUGAAACAAACCCUUUGGAUCAUCUCUCAUGCCCAAUCGUGAGCACUGCUGGAGGAGAUGAAGAAGAUAACUUGAGCUGCCAUGUGGAAGUUAAGGAAACUGUUGUUGAAAAGAUUAAGGGAAACAGUGUGACUGGUAAACUUCACGGGGGGGGGGACGUUAACAACAAGUCGUCGAGGAACAGUAAUGUUGAAGAGAAAGUAUGCAAAGAUUGUGGGAACAGAGCAAAGAAAGAGUGUCUGUUCGAAAGGUGUAGGACUUGCUGCAAAAGCAGAGGAUACAACUGUGCCACUCACGUGAAGAGCACGUGGGUUCCUUCUUCUCAUCGUCGCUCCGUGAGCCGCUCUUCUUCUUCGUCUUCCGACAGGAACAAGAAGCUCAAAAUCGAUUCUUCCGACAAACCCAAAAGUGUCUUGAUCGUUCCGACAACCACUUCUCGCCAAGAGACAAGCUUCAAGGAAAGAUUACCGGGAAAAAUCGAAGCUCCGGCGGUUUUUAAACGGACGAGAGUAACAGCGGUAAGCAACAACGAACAAGCAGAGAUCGGUUAUCAAGCGACUGUAACCAUAAGUGGUCAUGUCUUCAAAGGCUUUCUUCAUUACUAUGGUGUUGAUCACAACAAAUCAUUUCUCUGUCUUUCUAAUAAAUGAUGUAACAAGUUCAUAGGCCGUUACAUUAAAACAUUAACCAAGUUA